AUGUCGCAAAUCCACGGCGAGUCUGCUAGUUCUGCCAGCUUGCCGAGUCGACCUGUCACAAUCAACAUUGGUGGCGAGAAGCUCAUCGCUGUGUCUCCAAGCUUGUUCGACAUUCUCGGUGAGAGCAAAAUGUCUGCAAUUCUUUCGGGGAGGUGGGAGACACUUCGUGACUCGGAUGGAAACAUUUUCAUGGACUAUUCCCCUGAGGUGUUCAUGCCACUGGUUGAAUGGUUGCGUCACAGGCGCGAUGCCUCGCCGCGCAGCAGCAUCCGCGUGCGCGUGGAACCCCAGUACAGGGAUCAGUGGAUCCGGAUGAUGAGGAGCUUCUCCGUUGAAGCGAAGCAGCUGUUGAUAGCAGGUGUGUCUAAGCAGGAUUUGCUCAAGUUUGGGUUUCCAGAAGAAGAGCUACGGGACCAAGCAGUGGAAGAGCGGCCUCCUCCAGCAGCGGAAAGGAAGCAGCGAGCACUUGCAAAUGUGGAGCUUGAAGAAAAGCUACGGGAAUGUCGGGCCCGCACCUACCCCCCCGAGACCUCGGUGUCCAGAGCGCGUGCUCUAGGUUUGCUGUAG